AUGGUCUCAAGAACAGCAAAACGCGACCAACCUCCCAACGCGGAUGUCAAUCAGUCGUGUAACGAGGCCACUCGAGAUUGGGAGGACAUGACCGAGGCCGAACUUGUGGAAGCCAUCCGCCGUAAGCGUCCCACUGAAGCCCAGCACGCUGCCCGGAUCCGCGCUCUCGGCCCCGAAAAGGCCUUUGAAAUCUCCCAGGAGCUAUAUAAUAAGGCCGUCGAGCACAACGACGAUCUGACGGAAGACGAGACUGACCCGCUGCAUGCCCAGCGUGCGCUUCUUAUGAGUCGCGGCGAUGUCGCCGGCAAGGCGCUCGCCCAUCCUGAAACUCUGACUCAGGCCGAAAGGUAUGACUUGAUGUGGUGGCCAGAGCCCUCGAAGCUGCACGCGGCCAUCCGCGAGAUCAGUGGUCUCAACACACCCGUGGAGUUGCUGGCCAAGGGCCGCGCCUCUCGCGAGUCCCUCUCUCUCGAGGAGCUUGAUCUCAUCGCCCAGCAGUUCCAGGUGGACCAGUGGAGGUCUGCCUCAUCCCGAAUAUACUGGGUCCAAGUGCCCGGCAAUGCCCAAGCUUCGGUCUUGGCCGCCAUCCAGGAGGGCGUCGACGACGCAGUGUAUUUCGAAUUGCAAAGAUACGCCUGGCAAGACGAGGAAGUCAAGGCGAAGAGGGCGGCGAAGCAGCUGCAAAGCCUGCAGAGCCGACCGCUGCAGCGACCGCCGCCUAAGGAUUGGAAUCAGUGGCUCACAGGCCGCUCGCGCGACACACUUGCUCAUGGAUAUAUCCGGUGUUGGCCCCCCCUAGACCGUAACGCUCCGGGUCCUCACCGACCGCCCACCCCGGCACAUCUUUUGAGCAUGGAUAUACAACAGAGAGAAUGUCUCGAGUACGCCCCCAUAGGAGGUGACUUGUUCAGUCAAUGGGAUGAGUUGGCCCCAGAGCAAAAGGCACACUACGAAACACGAUCCGAGGCUCUCCGGCAGGCCGCCUGGGACAAGUGGGACGAGAAACAGCGCAACGACGCCCAAACAGAAUAUCAAUGA